UCUUUCAAACUGUCAAACGUCAAAGUGUGUGGAGCUGUCAAUGUAAACAAAUUGCGUGUUUAUAAUUUUUUAAGAUUUCUCCGUAAAACUAAGUUAAAAUGGCUAAAAAGAAACUUCUACCGAACCUCUCCAAAGAGGAGAAGAUGGUGAUAGUGAUAUCUGAGAUCAUACAGGAGCUUUUAGUGGCUCACCGUCAAGGUAAAGAUGUUAACCUCAACAAGAUGAAAACGCGUAUUUCAUCCAAAUACGGACUCGGGACAUCGCCAAGGCUCGUCGACAUAAUCGCGGCGGUGCCUGCUGAUGCUAAAAAGAUCCUUCUUCCGAAGCUGAAGGCUAAGCCCAUCCGGACAGCGUCAGGAAUAGCCGUGGUGGCCGUCAUGUGCAAGCCUCACCGCUGUCCUCAUAUCAACUUCACCGGAAACAUCUGCGUGUACUGCCCGGGUGGUCCAGACUCUGACUUUGAGUACUCGACGCAGAGCUACACGGGCUACGAGCCCACUUCCAUGAGGGCGAUCAGGGCUAGGUACAACCCAUACUUGCAGACUCGGCACAGGGUGGAACAACUGAAGCAGUUAGGUCACAGUGUUGAUAAAGUUGAGUUUAUUGUCAUGGGAGGCACGUUCAUGAGUCUACCUGAAGACUAUAGGGACUACUUUAUAAGGAAUCUCCAUGAUGCACUAUCUGGGCACACAUCCAGUAAUGUGGCGGAGGCUGUCAAGUACUCUGAGAGGUCCAAGACCAAGUGCAUCGGAAUCACAAUAGAAACCAGACCAGACUAUUGUUUGCAAAGACAUAUGAGUGACAUGCUCAAUUAUGGAUGCACCAGGCUGGAAAUUGGAGUGCAAUCGGUGUAUGAAGACAUAGCUAGGGAUACAAACAGAGGUCAUACAGUUAAGGCUGUCUGUGAGAACUUCAACUUGGCUAAAGAUGCUGGAUAUAAGAUUGUAGCUCACAUGAUGCCAGAUCUGCCCAAUGUGGACUUUGAGCGAGAUGUGGAGCAAUUUAUAGAGUUUUUCGAGAACCCUGCAUUCCGUGCCGAUGGCCUCAAGAUCUACCCGACCCUAGUGAUCCGAGGCACUGGACUGUAUGAGCUGUGGAAGACUGGACGGUACAGGAGUUACCCACCGUCGACACUGGUUGAUCUGAUUGCUAAGGUCUUGGCUCUGGUACCUCCAUGGACUAGGGUUUACAGAGUGCAGCGCGACAUCCCAAUGCCGCUCGUCUCGUCCGGCGUGGAACACGGCAACCUGCGCGAGCUGGCCCUGGCGCGCAUGGCGGAGCUGGGCGCGAGCUGCCGCGACGUGCGCACGCGCGAGGUGGGCGUGCAGGAGAUACACCACCGCGUGCGCCCCUACGAGGUGGAGCUAAUAAGGCGCGACUACACAGCCAACGGAGGCUGGGAGACCUUCUUGGCCUACGAAGACCCGGACCAGGACAUCCUGGUGGGGCUGCUGCGCCUGCGCAAGUGUGCGUCCGACACGUACCGGCCGGAACUGAAGCCGGGACCGCAGGCCGCGUUUAAACAGUGCAGUAUUGUGAGGGAGCUGCAUGUUUAUGGGUCUGUUGUGCCGGUGAACGCGCGAGACCCCACCAAGUUCCAGCACCAAGGCUUCGGCAUGCUGCUCAUGGAGGAGGCUGAACGCAUCGCGAGAGAGGAACACGGCUCCGACAAGAUGGCCGUCAUAUCCGGAGUAGGCACCCGGAACUAUUACGCCAAGAUUGGGUACCAUUUGGAAGGGCCGUAUAUGGUGAAAAUACUGGUUUGAGGGAAUAAAGUGUAUAUUGAUGUAUAUGA